GCUCCCACAGGCGCCGAGCCAUGGCCUCGAUGGGGCUGCAGGUGAUGGGCAUCGCGCUGGCCGUGCUGGGCUGGCUGGGCGCCAUCCUGAGCUGCGCGCUGCCCAUGUGGCGGGUGACGGCCUUCAUCGGCAGCAACAUCGUCACGUCCCAGACCAUCUGGGAGGGCCUGUGGAUGAACUGCGUGGUGCAGAGCACCGGCCAGAUGCAGUGCAAGGUGUACGACUCGCUGCUGGCGCUGCCCCAGGACCUGCAGGCGGCCCGCGCCCUCAUGGUCGUGUCCAUCCUGCUGGCCGUGCUGGGCGUGCUGCUGUCCGUGGUGGGGGGCAAGUGCACCAACUGCGUGGAGGACGAGAGUGCCAAGGCCAAGACCAUGAUCGUGGCGGGCGUGGUGUUCCUGCUGGCCGGCCUGCUGGUCUUGGUGCCGGCGUCCUGGACGGCCAACACCAUCAUCCGGGACUUCUACAACCCGCUGGUGGCCUCGGGCCAGAAGCGGGAGAUGGGCGCCUCUCUCUACAUCGGCUGGGCCGCCUCGGGGCUGCUGCUGCUGGGGGGGGCCCUCCUUUGCUGCAACUGCCCCCCGCGCGCCGACAAGCCCUACUCGGCCAAGUACUCUGCCGCCCGCUCUGCCCCAGCCAGCAACUACGUGUGAGGUGCCCGCUACUCAGCUCUGUCCCGCCAGCUUUGUUCCUCCGGGACUGAAGGUGCAGCCUGAGCCCAGGAUGGGGCUGCAGGCUGCCUGGAGUUGGGCAGGCGGGGGCCUGAGCCAGGCCACCGGCCGGCAACAACU